CACGCUGCUGUCUGCCGGUAGCACUCAGCUGUUGCUUUGUUUUGUUGUGUCAGAAAAGUUUUUAUUUAAGUUAUUUCACUGGUUUUGCAUGAAAUGUGUGCGAUUUAAGCCAAUUAAAACAUAAUGUCGACACCGCUGGAACAGCAGACAGAUGAACGCGAAGCCCUGCAGUCCAUUUAUGAGGGCGAUACCAACUUCAAAGAGAUUAACUUAACCACAUAUCAAUAUAAAUAUGGUGAAGAAGACAACUACAAGUCGUUUCUGGUGGAAUUGCAAUGGGGCGACAACUAUCCGGAUGAGGCGCCCACGAUUAACAUGAACACGUUCUACAAUCGUAAUCUCUUGCCUGCCGUUAAGGAGGAAAUACAGACAGCGUUGACCAACGAAGCGUCUCAAUGGUUGGGCUGUGGCAUGACUUACACGCUCUUCGAAUGCCUGAAAGACAACCUCGAACAACUAACGGCUGGGCAACCAGAAAGUGCUCCAGCUAUAGCUGCUGUGGAUGAUGGUGUUGCUGCGAUUAAAAUUUCUGAUACUGAUGCGGAUGCCAAGCGCAAGGAACCCAAGAAAGAACAGCUAACGAAAGCACAAAAGCGCCGUCAAUGGGAACGUACGGAUCACAAAGGAGAGCGAGCACGUGGCUGGGAUUGGGUCGAUAUCGUUAAGCAUUUAUCACAAACGGGCAGCAAAGAGGACGCUGCCUCCGCUCUCACGGACAGUUCAGCUGCUGCCGCACAAGUGCUGCACCCGUUGAACACUUAAGCCCACAAAAUCAAGUACAUAGUUAAUUUAAUGAUGCAGCAAAAUCAUAUGAAAUCAAAUCGAUCGUUUUGUUCUAAUGCGAUGUGUGUUCUUCGUUCCAUUAAAGCCGAUCAAUUUACA